AUGUAUGGCGCAGACAUUGAAGGAGGCACGGAUCCAGAAAUCAUCCUAGAGGUGUUAGCUGAGGCCAGGAACCUGGAAGUUAAUUGUCUUAGCAUAGAUGACUGCCUAUCCCUUAUAGUGGACCAGCUCUCCGUCCAGAACUGCGCGCGUAUUUUGACUCACGAUGAAGUAGCUCACCAUAAAGAACUGUCUCGUCAAGUAUGCGGGUACAUUGUCAAGCGUUUCGCCGACGUCGUUCGAGCGCCUUCUUCUCGGCAGCAACUGCUGCAGAUGCCGCGCAACCAAAUCGUUUACAUGGUUAGGGAGCUCUGCAGGCGCUGUGACAACAACAGGGAUACAGAUUUGAUCGUUCGAUUCGUUGUCGACUGGAGCUCAUUCGACACAGCUUGCGAUCUGUUGAGAGACUGCAAGUUGUGGGACUGGGCUGUUGAACCAGGAGCUCUCUCCAUUUUUCGUGAUGAAGACACACAAUCCAAUUUGCUAAGCGCAGCUCAAUGGCGCAUUAGCAAUUUAAAGAUUGCGCUGAGAGAGUCACUACCGGCGAAAUUCGUGUGUGGGACAUACUUUGAUUGGAGUGUUCGCCUCGAUGUUGGGGCUGAAAACAAACUACGGAUUGUCUACGAGUCAGCCGUUGACAGGACCCCUGGGCAGCCAGCGUGCAUCAAGAGGUUCCCUGCAGCCCUUUUUGCUUGGCAGGCAAUAUUCCGAGGGGAAGACGUUUUUCGCGAGCGCCCCGUUUUCAUCUGUUUUCCUGAGCACAUCGGACUUCAUUGGUCCACUACUUUGCACAUAUCGACGGCUGACGUGACGGAGGCUGAUGAGCUAACUCUGAUGGUGCAGAUGACCGAGAUACCUCUGGUCUCCCUUAUUCUCUACUACUUCUCGUCUGACCUUAACCAAACCCUUGCCCAGGAAGAUAUCCUCAACCGCUUACCCCACAUUGAGUACCGUUGCCUGAGCUCUUACACUCUCUUCCAUCAAAAUGCUCCGGCCCUUUCAUCCGGCUGA